UGGAGCUGCUGCCCCUGCCCGCAGGUCGCCCGCAGUGGAUCCGCGAGGAUGAGGGGCCGGAUCCCGGCCCUGCUCUGCCUGACCGUGGCCUUGGCAUCACUGGUGCCCGCGGCCGGAGCCCGCCGGAGCCAGGACCUGCACUGCGGAGCGUGCCGGGCACUGGUGGACGAGCUGGAGUGGGAGAUCUCCCAGGUGGACCCCAGGAAAACCAUCCAGAUGGGCUCGUUCCGCAUCAACCCCGACGGCAGCCAGUCGGUGGUGGAGGUGCCGUACGCGCGCUCGGAGGCGCAUCUGACGGAGCUGCUGGAGCGGGUGUGCGAGAAGAUGAAGGAGUACGGGGAGAAAACGGACCAGGCCACGCACAGGAAGAGCUACGUGCGGGUGAUCUCCCACGACGGCACCAAGAUGAACCUCUCCGGGGUCAAGUUCGACGGGGACGUGACUUCCAGCCUGAAGUUCGCGUGCGAGAGCAUCGCUGAGGAAUACGAGGAUGAGCUCAUUGAGUUUCUCUCCCACGAGGCUGAAAACGUCAAGGAUCGGCUCUGCAGCAAGAGGACGGGUGAGCUGGGGGGUCCUGGGGGGGUCUCUGCUGUUCUGGGGGCUGUGGCUGCUCUGCCAGGGUUGGGACAGGAGGAGCUGCAGGUUCUUCCCAAAAUCCCGGUGCUGAG